GGAAGUAGGACUUCAAGAUGGCGGCCGUCGUACUGGCUUCCGCUAUGGUGACUGCCUGGCCCGGGGCGGACAGAGUUGGAGGUGGUGGCGUUCACUCUCCCUAGGUGCCGUAAGGAGCUCAGCAGAGACCAAGCCUGGGAGGCCGGCCGGCGCUAGCACCUUUCGGCUUUUGGGACGGUGGCGGCAGCAGCGUUCAGACUAACCAAAAAAAGAAAAACAAAAAACACAAACCAUCAAUUCAUCAUUAAUCAGGUUCUAAAUGGCUUCUAAGAAGUUGGGUGCAGAUUUUCAUGGGAGAAGAGAGGACAGAGCCACGGACAGAGGAAAGGCCUUGGGAGAGAAACUAACAAAAAUGAAAAAUUUAUAAACUUACAAUCUUAUUUCAAAAAAUAAGCUAGCUAUCUUGAAUCUUUGGGAACUCCUUUUUGGAGUGAAAAACUUAAGUUGGACUCCAGGUUAUGUUUUCCAGCUAAACAAUCUAGAGAGAAGAUUGUAAUUCUGAAGUUACCUCAUCAGGACUUUCAGUUACCUUGAUGAUGUCCCAUUUAAAAUAGGAGACAAAUUCAAAACACCAGCUAAAGUUGGCCUACCUAUUGGCUUCUCCUUGCCUGAUUGUUUGCAGGUUGUCAGAGAAGUACAGUAUGACUUUUCUUUGGAAAAAAAGACCAUUGAGUGGGCUGAAGGUGUUAAAAAAAUUGAAGAAGCCCAGCGGGAAGCAGAGCACAAGGCUGGGGAAGCAGAAGCUAAAGUGAAAUCUCAGAGUGGCGCCGAGAGCAACAGCACGAUGAGCUUCUCCAGGACUCCCAGUACAACCACGAUGCCACCUCCUAUGAACCCCAUCCUCGCCAGCUUACAGCACAACAGCAUCCUCACCCCAACUCGGGUCAGCAGCAGCACCACAAAGCAGGAGGCCCUCAGCCCACCGCAUGCAAAGGCAGAUUUCAAUCCUGCUGACUUUGAGUGUGAAGAAGACCCAUUUGAUAAUCUGGAACUGAAAACUAUCGAUGAGAAGGAAGAGCUGAGAAACAUUCUGGUAGGAACCACUGGACCUAUUAUGGCUCAGUUUUUGGACAGUAACUUGCCCAGAGGCGGCUCCGGGUCUGUGUUACAGGAUGAGGAGGUCCUGGCAUCCCUGGAGCGGGCAGCUCUAGAUUUCAAGCCUCUUCACAAACCCAAUGGCUUUAUAACCUUACCACAGUUGGGCAACUGUGAAAAGAUGUCGCUGUCCUCCAAAGUGUCCCUCCCCCCAAUCCCUGCAGUAAGCAAUAUCAAAUCCCUGUCCUUCCCCAAACUUGACUCUGAUGACAGCAGUCAGAAGACAGCCCAGCUGGCAAGCACUUUCCAUAGCACAUCCUGCCUCCGCAACGGCACGUUCCGGAAUUCCCUCACGCCUUCCACCCAAAGCAGUGCCAGUGAGCUCAAUGGGCAUCAUACUCUUGGGCUUUCAGCUUUGAACUUGGACAGUGGCACAGAAGUGCCAAGCCUGACCCCCUCUGAUCUGAUUUCCCAUAUGCCUUCUCACUCUGUCUUGUCUGUGUGCACAGAAGAAUCAUCACCUCCAAGUACAGGUCCCACGGUCACACCUCCUAAUUUCUCAGUGUCACAAGUGCCCAACACUCCUAGCUGUCCCCAGGCCUAUUCUGAACUGCAGACACUGUCCCCCAGUGAGCGGCAGUGUGUGGAGACAGUGGUCAACAUGGGCUACUCAUAUGAGUGUGUUCUGAGAGCCAUGAAGAAGAAAGGAGAGAAUAUCGAGCAGAUUCUUGACUAUCUCUUUGCACAUGGACAGCUCUGUGAGAAGGGCUUCGACCCGCUUUUAGUGGAGGAGGCUCUGGAAAUGCACCAGUGUUCAGAGGAAAAGAUGAUGGAGUUUCUUCAGUUAAUGAGCAAAUUUAAGGAAAUGGGCUUUGAACUGAAAGACAUUAAGGAAGUUCUCCUCUUACACAACAAUGACCAGGACAGUGCUUUGGAAGACCUCAUGGCUCGGGCGGGAGCCAGCUGAGACCAGGCCCAGCCUAGGCUCUGCCACGGAACCACCCCUGCUGGAGGCCCUGAGGCACCUACCUGUGGGGAAGAAGGGACAUACUUCCAGAUUUUCUUUUGGGGAUGAAGGUCAGGUUUGGAGACUGUGCUUGCCCGUCUCUAUGAGCCUAGGCCCUGAGCUGGGGAGAAAAUGGGGAAGAUUUGGGUACGUGAAUGCCCCCAGAACUGUUCUGGCUCCUUCCAUAUUAAAUGUAUUUGUAUUUUGAGAAGUGUCCUUCCCACUAUGGUCCUCCAGAGAGACUUCCAUGUUCUUUCUGGGGUCUGUAUGUCCUCAGCCGAAACCUGGCCUAGGUGCCGAAAGGAGUCAGGGAGAACAGGUGGGAGGACCAGACUCUCUGUGCUGCUGUGGGGCUAGAUGCUUUCUUCCCCUGCACUGGUGGACUGACUUCUAGUCCAACUUGAGUGCAAUUGAAAGGUUCUUCCAGGGUUUUUCUUUUUCCCCUUUUAACAAAAGUCUCUUAGUGUUACACUGGUUCUGCAGUGUCUCUGCAGUGCAAAGAAUGCCCUUUUCCCUGCGGGGCCCUGAGUUUGCCUCUCUUUCAGGCACUUCACCAUGCUUCCUCACCCCAGUCUUUCUUUUGGCUUGGUUUGCACCACAAUCCUGUGCUACCCAGGAAUUUAGAGCCCCCUGCUCUAGGAAACAGUUACCAGUUUAAGAAACCAUUGACCCCUUCCUGGCACAUUGAGUGGGGGAGAACUAGGCUGCGAUUUAGUUGCCCAGCAUUAAUGCCACCUCAGUUCUCCUUGAGAACAGCCUCUGUUCAGCCCCCUGCUCUAGGAUGACAUCGCGCCUAACACCUAGUCAUAGAAAUGAGUCUCUUUGGUUUGUUUUGUAUUAUGUUAUACAUCAUUAAAGAUCUAAAUACAAAGGCUA